GGCCGUGCACGAAUGUCCCAGGUUCCAUGAAGGCCGCGCGCCCGAGCAACACGCCAGUCAUGUGACGUUGCGAUCAUGUGGUGCAUUCACUUCCUUCCGAGCGAUUCUCCUCUUCUCGUCGCGCGCUGAUCAUGUCGUCCUGCUGAACCGUCAGCCUGCUCGAGCAUGAUUUUACCGAAGCACGGCCGGCGUGGCUCGCCUCUCGGGCGGCUGCUUUGCUUGGUGGCUUGUGCGGGAUGUUUGCUGUUCCGCUCCGGAGCGACGACGACGACGGCGGCGGUGGUGAAGGAGAAAGAGGCAAGUCUGUGGUACCAGGACCUCUGCAGCUACAAAUGGGAGGCCAUCGACCUGGAUAAUAAAAUAAGCUACACGCUCAAGCUGUGCGAUUCGUCCCCGUCCACUCCCUGCGGCGAAGGCACCGCUGUCUGCGCCCGCGACCUGACCGGCGAUAUUUACCAAUCUGUCGGUGAGCUGUCCCUGCGGAGGCUGUCCGGAACCGUCCUGGAUUACAACAGCACUGUUAAAUGUGCGGGAAACUACAUCCAGACGACCGUCGGCUUCCAGUGUGGCAAAACCAUGGGUACGCCGGAGUUUGUGGCCGUGUCCCAGUGCGUGCAUUACUUCGAGUGGAGGACUUACGUGGCCUGCAGCAGCGACAAGUUCAAACCGCACAAAGAGGUGCCCUGCUUCGCCUUUGACUCCGACAGUAAGAAGCACGACCUCAGCCCGCUGAUCAAAGUCAGCGACGGCUACCUGGUGGACGACGGCGACGACGACGUCGACUUCUACGUCAACAUUUGCCGCAGUCUCAGUGGCAGAGAAACGCGCUGUCCGGAAGGUUCUGCCGCCUGCCUGGUCACCAAGAACGUGGGCUACAACAUGGGCUCUCCCGCCAAGCCCUUAGAGCUCCUAUCCAACGACAGACUGAGGCUGCAGUACAGCGUGAGCGCCGACGUGACUCCUCCGGUCUUCUGUAACGGACACUCUCCCGCCGUCACCAUCACCUUCAUCUGUCCGUCGAGCAGACAUUCGAGCAACGCCCCCAAGAUGACGGCGGAGGCCAACUGCCGCUACGAGGUGGAGUGGGCGACGGAGUACGCCUGCCACAGGGAUUAUUUGGAGAGCCACACGUGCAAACUCACCAGCCAGCAGCAUGACAUCGCCGUCGACUUGACGCCGCUCACCUUGAGCUCCGCAGACCAUCCCUACUAUGCCCAUUCGUCAAACAGCGACGGGACGGAAAGCUACAUUUAUUACCUGAACGUGUGCGGAAAAGUGCCCUCGGACGAAUGCAGCAACCUGGGAGAAUUUGUUUCUUCCUGCCAGGUGAAGAAGACAGACAACGUCAAGAAGGUGGCCGGGAGAUACCAAAACCAGACGCUGCGUUAUUCAGACGGCGAUCUGACUCUUAUCUACCCCGACGGCGCCCGGUGCUCCACGGGCUUCCAGAGGAUGACCAUCAUCAACUUUGAGUGCAACAGGAAUGCAUCCAAUGGCGGCGUGGGGGCGCCGGCGUUUGUCGGGGAGACGGACUGCACGUACUACUUUAACUGGCAGACCGCGUACGCCUGCGUCAAGGAGAAGGAGGAUCUUCUGUGCCGGGUUACGGAUGGCAGCAAGCAUUAUGACCUUUCGCCCCUCACGCGCUUACCUGGGUCGGAGUUGAACGGGAACUGGGAGGCAGUGGAUGUCGAAUCCCCGCAGUCGGACUUGAAGCGCUUCUACCUUAACGUGUGCCACAAAGUCGUCCAGGCAGGAGGUGCUGCCGGCUGCCCGGAGAACGCCGCCAUUUGUGCCGUAGACAAAGAGCACAAGAUGAUCAACCUGGGCAGCUUCCUGUCUUCCCCACAGAAGACCGAAAAGGGAAAUGACAUCAGACUGGUGUACACUGACGGAGACUUUUGCAGCCACAAAACCACAAAGAUUCAAACUAUCCUGACGCUCAAGUGCAAACCAGGAGAUCUGGAGAGUGCCCCGGUCCUCCGCAGCGUCUCAUCGGAUCGCUGCGUGUACGAGCUGGAGUGGUACACCGCGGCCGCGUGCGUCCUCUCCAAGACGCAAGGGGACAACUGCAAGGUGGAGGACCUGCAGGCUGGCUUCUCUUUCGACUUGUCGCCGCUCACCAAGGCCGACGGCGGCUAUUACAACUUGACCAACGACAAUUACGACUACUACAUCAACGUGUGCGGCCCGGUCACAGCCGCCACCUGUCCUGAAAAGGCCGGUGCCUGCCAGGUAGAAAAAAGCAGUUGGAGUCUGGGGGAGGCAAACUCGCGGCUGUCUUACUACGACGGCCUGAUCCAGUUGACGUACAACAACGGCUCCCAGUACAACAACGAGCAGCACACGCUCCGGUCCACCGUCAUCUCCUUCCUCUGUGACCCUGAAGCCGGCGCUGGAAAUCCCGAGUUUCAGGUGGAAGACAAAUACACGUAUAACUUCCACUGGUAUACGUCGUACGCAUGUCCCGAAAGGCCUCACGAGUGUUUGGUGACUGAUCCCAACACGCUGGACCAGUAUGACGUGUCCAGCUUGUCUCGCACGCAGUCUGGCGUCAACUGGCAGGCCAUGGACCUGUCCGACACCGGCAACCUGCGAAAGUACUACAUCAACAUAUGUCGGCCCGUCAACGCCGUUAUGGGCUGCGAGCGCCACGCGUCCGUCUGCCAGAUGAAGUACACGACCACGCAGGGCUUUCCAAAAGAAGAGCUAUCCGUAAGUAACAUGGGCGUCUCCAAGCGCGGACCCGUCAUCGAGCGCCGCGACCGGCUGCUGCUAGAAUUCACGGACGGCGACCCCUGCGAGUCCGACGGCCUGAAGCUGACGUACGCCACCCGGAUCCACCUGGUGUGCACCAGGGGAACGCUGUCAAUGGGCCCGCGAUUCCUCUUGUACCAGAACUGCACCGCCAACUUCAUAUGGGAGACCAGGGCCGCCUGCGCCAUCACCACGACCAAGAAUGACAGCUGUGCUGUGAUGGAUCCGGACAGCGGCUUGGAGUUCAACCUGCAGCCGCUAGCCUCCGAGACCGGAUACAAGACCAAAGCCAAUGGAAAGGACUUCCUGGUGAACAUCUGCUCAGAGAUGGCGGAUUGCGGUGCGGGAAUGGCAGGCUGCGAGCUGGAAGACGGGCAUCCCGUAAGCGUGGUGGGCGUGGAGAAGACCCUGCAGUACUCCACAGACGGCCUCCUCAAACUCACAUACAAGGGACCCCGGGACGAUUCCACAGCAACUCGGGACACCUUCACCAUUAACUUCGUGUGCGAUCCAAACGCGCACCCUGGCUCGUUGAAGCUGCUGCGGGAGAACUUGAACACUCUUCCCAGCCACGUGGUCCACGACGUCCUCUUUGAGUUCUCCACCGCGCUGGCCUGCGUCCCCGCGCCGCUGGACUGCCGCGUCAUCGAUUCCCACGGCAACGAGUACGACCUGAGUCACCUGGUCCGAGGCGGCGAGGACAGCCCCUGGGUUGCCAUAGAUACGGACGCUGUCAAGUCACGCAGCUUUUACAUCAACGUCUGCAAACCCCUCCCCCCUCUGAAGGACUGUCCCGUGGGUCCUUUGGGUGCGUGCGGCGUAAUUGGUGGUGUCGGUUACAGCCUCGGUCUGGUCCAGGCCAGCCCGCAGGUGGCGGAGGACGGCUCCAUCAGCGUCCUGUACCACAACGGGGACAAGUGUGGCGCCACGUCGCGCGGCGCCACGUCGCGCUACUCCACGCGCAUCAUCUUGCUGUGUGACGACAGCCCAGGCUCCCCCAUGUUUGACCGGCAGGACGGUUGCGAGUACGUCUUCAUCUGGCGGACGUCCGUGGCCUGUCCCAUCAGGAAGUCCCAAGGUGACGAGUGCCGCGUCCGCGACCCGAGGAGCGGCUUCGAGUUCAACCUGAGCUCCCUGAAGGGCAAAGAUUACCCAGUGAGGAGCGACAAGUACAUCUACCACCUGUCGGUGUGCGGCGGGCUCCAGAGGGGCGUCUGCACCGACAAAGACACGGGCAGCGACGUCGUCUCCUCGUGCCAGGUGGACGGAAGCAACCACAAGAUAGCAGGAAUGGCAAACCAGCUGCUGAGCUACGUGGGAGAUCAGCUGAUCCUGAACUACACCAACGGAGAGACAUGCCACAGGAUCUCCCAGCGAUCCACAGAGAUCUACUUUUCCUGCCACCCGGAAAUGCACCCUGGAGCACCAGAGUUCAUUAAGGAGACUACGGACUGCACCUACCUGUUCAACUGGCCCACCGCACUCGCAUGCGUCCCUGUCCAAACCACCAGCUGCUCAUACCAUGAUGGUGCGGGCCACUCGUACGACCUCUCACCCCUGGCCACGGAGGCCCAAAACUGGGAAGUGACGCCUUCGACGGAGGACACCGGCAAGCGAUUCUACAUCAACGUCUGCAGGUCACUGGUGCCGCAGGGAGGUUCGUGGAAAUGUCCCUCCGGCAGCGCGUCCUGCGAGAAGGUGGGAGGCGAGUACGUGAGUCUGGGGCAGGUGACGAGCGGCCCCACGUGGGACCGGAGCGUGCUGAAGCUGCAGUACGGCGGCGGCCAGGCCUGUCCCGACGGAGUGCGCAACAGGAGCACCGUCAUUCGCUUCAAGUGUGACAAAGACCGACUUGACUCUCGCCCAACCCUCAUUUCCGCUAUCGAGGACUGUUUGUACACCUUUGUGUGGUUAACAGCUGCCGCCUGCCCGCUGAACAGCAGCCGGCACGACGGCUGCAGAGUCUCCAACCCCGCUACAGGCCGUUUGUUUGACCUGAACAGUCUGAGACGGGACGGCGGUUACACGGUGUACGACCACGACGUGCACGGCAGGAUGUUCCGUGUCAACAUUUGCGCAGAUGUGGCCAACGCCGGCUGCAGCCCCGGGACCGCGGUGUGCAUUAAAGACGUGACGACCGCGCUGAGCGGCGGCCAGACCAGCGGCAAGCUCUUGUACAAGGAUCACGUUGUGGAGCUGACGUACCGGGGAGGAAGCCCGUGCCCCGCCGACCCCGCCCUCGAGCACAGCACCGUCAUCCACUUCAUCUGCAGACCGCCCGGCAUGAGCUCGGCCCGUGUGGAGCCCGUCCUCAUUGACUCCAACGCGGACACCUGCACACACUUGUUUGCCUUCCACACUCACCUGGUGUGCGAGCAGCCUGUCUCAUGUUCGGUCCAGAACGGCUCCGCCACGAUCGACCUGACUCCCCUGAUCCACGCCACCGGAUACUACACGGCAACAGACGACGCGCUGGAGCAAGACGACGACGACUCUCCGGACUUUUACAUCAACAUCUGUCAGCCUCUGAACCCCAUCCCCGGCGUCACCUGCCCACUUGGAGCCAGCGUCUGUAUGGACCCAGACAAGGGGGACCCAAUUGACAUCGGGCGGACGACGAGCGGCCCUCACAUCAGCGCCGCAGGCGACGUGUCUAUGACCUAUGCCAGCUCCACCCAGUGUGCGUCUGACCCGGCGCAGAACUACACUUCCACCAUCAUCUUCACCUGCCAUAGAGGCGUGGAUCUGGUCGGUACACCGUUUCCUCUAUGGCAGCUGUUUUUUGUGCGCUGUACAAACUGGCCAUCGUCUCUCCAGGGCUCCCCGCGCAUGCUGAGGCUGCAGGACUGCGUGUACAUUUUCGAAUGGGCGACGUCUGUGGUGUGCUCGGCCGCCUCCCACACUAGCGGAUGCCAGCUGGCCGACGCUCAGCUGGAGUACACCUUCGACUUGUCGGCGUUGACGGGCCAAGUGCAGGUCCCGCUGGGCACCUCCGACAACUACCUCAUCAACGUGUGCAGCUCGGUGUCGGAGCCCCGCUGCAAGGGCGCCGCCGUUUGCCGAGUGUCGGGCUCGCCCGAAUCGGCGGCGUCGUUCGGCAUCGGCAAGGCCAUGACCAUGGACUUCAAGCACGACGAGCAGGCUGUGCUGAUGCAGUAUGGCGGCGGGGAUCCGUGCCCGCCCGUGACCCACGAGGGCGAGGCGUGCGUGUUCCCCUUCGUGUUCAUGAAACGCUCGUACACCGAAUGCACCACAGGCGAGAGGACCGACGGCAGGAAGUGGUGCGCCACCACCGCCAACUAUGACGAGGACAAGAAAUUGGCUUUCUGCCAGCCAGCAUCUGCCAAGCGCCAGUCUUCCAUACUGUUUACCUGCGACCCGGCUGCGGGCCACGGCUCCCCGCAGCUGCUGUCGGAAACGGCGGGCUGCUCGGCCACCUUCCUGUGGCGGACGAGCGCCGCGUGCACCCCGCAGAAGAUGCCGUGCGAGCUGGUCAGCCAGCAUCGAACCUUCGACCUGCGCGCGCUCUCCUCCCUCACCGAGCCGUGGAAGUUCAACCACCGCGGCGACUCAUAUUUCGUCAACCUGUGUCAGGGGAUUCACAAAGGAUUUCCGGGUUGUCCCGAGGGGGCCGCUGUGUGUCGGCGCUCGGCGGACGGAAGCACGCGGACGCUGGGCCGCCUCCACACUCAGAAGAUGAGCUACGAGGACGGCAAGAUUUUUGUCAACUAUUCGGCUGGCGACGCCUCCUGCGGUAACGGCGUGGCGGCAAAGACGGAGAUCCGGCUGAGCUGCGGCACCACCGUCGGACACCCGGCCAUCAUCAACGUGGACAAAACAGCCUGCCUGUUCGUUAUCGCCUGGGAGACCCGCUCGGCGUGUGCCGUCAAGCAGCGGGAGGUGGAGAUGGUCAACGGCACCUUUCGGAACCCCGACACCGGCGCCCGCCUCAGUCUGGGAGAGCUUUACUUCAGUCACCACCAAGCCUCCGGAGACAUCCGCUCCAACGGGGACCGCUACAUCUACCACAUCCAGCUGUCCGGGCUCACCAACAGCUCCCUGCCCACCUGUGUGGGUGCCAACAUCUGCCAGGUCAAACUCAACGGACCGUACAGGCGGCGCAUUGGCUCCUCCAGCAAGGCUAAAUAUUACAUCAAAGGUGGCAACCUGGACGUGAUGGUGCCGUCAGAGUCGGCGUGCGGGCGCGAGCGUACCAAAACGGUGUCGUCCACCAUCAUGUUCCAAUGCAACCCGUCGGCCGGCGUGGGCAUCCCCGAGUUCAUGCUGGAGACGGCCGAGUGCCAGUAUCUGUUUGUGUGGCACACCGACGCCGUGUGUGGCCUCACGACUGUGGACGCGGACACGCGAGACGGAGACGACGACGACGGCGUUCCGACUCUUUCCGGGAGGAGUCAGGUGGCGGCCAUGCUCCUGAGCCUCCUGUUGGCGGGAUUGAGCGUUUGUCUACUGGCACUGCUGAUGCGUAAGCGAGAGAGAAGAGAAAUUGUGCUUCAGAAGGUGGCUGGCUGCUGCAGGAGAGGCAACCAGGUCUCCUAUAAAUAUUCCAAGGUCAACAUGGAUGAAGAUGCGGGCGAGGACGAGAUGGAGUGGCUGAUGGAAGAAAUGGAGGCUCCCGCCACGGCCGCCUCGUCUUUGUCCUUCUCCGCAUCCCAGCGGGGCCGCGAUAACCACAGCAACGGCCACAUCAAGACCAAGCCGGUCAACACGGACGGCCUGCGCUCCUUCUCGUUGGACGAGCAGGACGACGACAGCGAGGACGAGGUGCUCAGCGUCCCCGGAGUGCGCGUGGUCAAGUCGUCGUCCGCCCAUCGUAGCGUCUUCCUGCGGGAGGAGAGCGACGAGGACCUGGUGGGCCUCCUGGACGAGCCCGAACGGAAGCGGAAGAGCGGCCGAGCCCGCUCGGCGGGCGACCGCCGCAAUAACAACGCGGCACCUAAGCCCAAGCGGGAGGACGACGACAGCGACGAGGACCUCCUACGGGUGUAACUCGCCCUCCAGAACUGCUCUCGCUCUCUUUUUCUCAGUGAAUGUCGCCAUAGCAACGCCCUCAGCAUUACUGACACUUCCACCACCCCUCUGCCACCAUCUUGUUAUUUCUUGAUUGCUCCUUUAUUUACAGUGUUUCUCACAGUUGCUCUGGAAGCGAUCAAGAUGGUCCAGUUCGUCCCCCGUAUCGCCGUUUGCCGUGUUUGUCCAAAAUGGUGUUCUUUUGAUUGCAGCCGUGCCAUUUCUUUCGCACUUUAUCUCAAAACGAGCGUCUCUUGACAGAUUGUUUAAGACGAAGGUCCACGCGGCGACGAAAGCGGCGAAGUCAAUCGGCGACCAACUCCGGCCGAGGGGGCGCGGGCAGCGAAGGUCAGUCGUCGUGCGGCUUUAAAGGGAGCGAAGAUGCUCGAGUGUCGUAUUGUUUACACUCACAGCAAAAAGCAAGUCUUUUCUCCCCCUGAAAAGAGAGAGUGAGGCCUUUUUUUUAAAAAAAAAAAAAAAAAAAAAAAAAAGCUUGAUUGAUUGUUCUCUUAUUUUCACUCUCUGCAUAGAUGAUCAUUUGUUUGUUUGAGUUUUUAUGAUUAUUUAAGCGAAUGGAUGUUGGGCGACGGUUUUGAGAGUGCCAAUGUGAGUGCUUUUGUCGCGUCAAAGCCAUAUUUCUGCACAUGCUGUCGUUGCUAUUUUUCGUGGCGAUUGAAUCAUUCCCUCGCCAAUCGCAUGUCAGUAGUCAAAUCUGGAUUUGUCACGUAGUUUGGGUGAAAUUGCCAGUAAAAUUAUGAAUAAUGCGUUAUGUUUUGAGGGCUGACUGAACAGAAAACGGCAAGUCGCAGUAGUCGAAGACCGAACCAACAAACGUCGGCCGCGUUCACAGGGUGUUAACCCGAAAACCGCCGCAUCAGAGGCGUCACAGGAGAGCCGACGUUUCGGGCAGAACCCGCCGAAGAGUAGCAAAUGUGCAUUCACGCAGCCGUCGGGGCUUGCCCAAUUUCGAUAAUGAGUUGGUGGAGAAAUAUAAACGCAACCUUUUGGCCCCUGCUAAUCAAGACUCCUUCACUUGAGCAAAUCAUUUUGCCACCUUAGAAAAGACUAAAAAAAAUGUUUUAAGUUCGUCAGCAUUUAAGAAGGCACAAAACGUAAGCGUGCUGCUGAAGCUCAAUGAAGUUUUGAUUUUAUUUUUUUUUUUUUUCCAAGCAGUAUUUAUUUCAGCCGUAUCAUUUCGAUACAUAAAUUCUGUAUUAUCGUCAAAGCUCUGACGAGACUGGCCCGGUACGUGAAUGUAUUUGGUACUGUGUUUUUUUUUUUUCUUCUUUUUCUCCAGCAGUUUCAAAAGCUUUGUUGUCGUUGUUGUUGUGGGAAUUCGCACGUACGCUACUUUGUUUUCUGAGCUUUUCAAAAAGAGGACUAAUAAUGGUGGUGCACUGGAGAAAAGCACAAAAAAUGAGGUGUGAUCAUCAUCAUCAUCAUCAUCCUGCUUUUGUUGCCUCACGUUUGUGCCCGUUUUUUGCUAUUUAAAAGAACCUCCAUGUACCGUCGUCUCUUUAUUUGAAUAAAUACCUUAUGAAUGAUGACUUGAGGCGCACUCAAAAUA